AUCAUACAUCUACAUAAGAUCCCCACCAGAGCUUAGCAAAAAACUCUCCUCAUUAUUUCCCCAUAACCCGCCCAAACACAAACUUUUAAACCACACAAAAAAAAAAAAAAAAAAAAAAUCAAAUUUUAAGUUUUUGUUUCCUUUGCCUCCGACUCUCGCAGGUCUCAACUCAACAGCUGCCAGCCACAGUGAAUGAACACAACACAACAAAACCCACCACUUCAACGAAGCUCUCUUAACUAAUCAUUAAUACCCAAUUCAAAUCCUCUUCUCUCUCUCUCUCUCUCUCUAGAUUUUGGAAAUUUCAUCGGAUCACUCUCUUUCAUCGGAAAUGGCCAACAAAGAUUCCUCCACUCCUCCCUCUUCAUCCAAGAAGGAGAACUUGACUCCGGUUGCCUCAAAGAUAGCGAUUUUGGAAAUUUCAUCGGAAAUGGCCAACAAAGAUUCCUCCACUCCUCCCUCUUCAUCCAAGGAGAACUUGACUCCGGUUGCCUCAAAGAUCGCGGAAUUAAACGAAUCGAGAUCUGAGCUCCUUAAUAGGAUUCAAGGGCUGAAACAGGAUUUGCAAAGUUGGAGGUCAAAACUGGAUACCCAAGUGAAGGUCUAUCGCGAUGAACUUUCAGAACUCAAGAAAUCACUCAACACUGAAGUGGACCAACUCCGAAGUGAGUUCAAAGAUUUGAGGACCACUCUUCAACAGCAACAAGAGGAUGUUACUGCCAGCCUCAGAAACUUGGGGCUACAAGAUGUCUCAGAAGAUGUUUCCAAGGUUGAAGGGAACGGCGACAAAGAAGAAAAUGAAUUGCCUAAGGAGAAUGGCGAAGAAGCCGAAGACUUGACGGGCCACAAUGUGGAACAUGCAUGAGUAUGGUUUAUGCCAUUGAGAGUUAAUGAGCUUUUUUAAGUUAUUUUCCAGUUAGAAGAGGCCACGACCUUGUUGUCUUGCAGAACAUAAAACUCUUAUCUAAAGGGAUUUGUGUAUUACUCUUCCUCUUAUUUCAAUUAAACUAUCUUUCUACGCAGUUUUCAAUUGAUGCCUCGAGAGUUAAUGAGCUUCUUUUGAGUCAUUUUUCAGUUUAUUCAAAGCCACAACCUUG